UAUGGUUUUAGGACUUAUGUUUAAAUUUUUAAUUCAUUUUUAGUUCAUUUUUUACACAUGGUGUGAAAUGGCAGUCUGAUCUCAUUCUUCCAUGGAUAUUCAGGUUUUCCCAAAACUAUGUAUCCAAGAUGUGAUCCUUCCCCUAUCAUGUAAACUUAGCAUUUUUAUUGAAGAUCAAGUGGUCGUAACUGAUUACUUGGUUUUAGCCUCUCCACUCUGAUUUAUCUUUGUAUCUUAAUGCCAUAUGGUACUAUUUUGAUUAAUAUAAUUGUGUUGUAUAUUUUGAAAUCAGUAGUGUGAUACCUCCAGCUUUAUUCUUUUCACUUAAAAUUACUUUAGUUAUUUAGGAUAUUUUGGAAUUAGAAUUGCUUUUUCUAUUUCUGUCAAAAAUGUCAUUGAAUUUCUAAAUAGGGAUCACAUUGAAUCUAUAAGUCAUUUUGGGUAAUAUGGGCAUUUUAUAACAAUAUGAAUUCUUCUAAUCCAUGAACCUGGGCUAUCUUUCCAUUUAUCAAUUUCUUUCAUGGAUGUUUUACAGUUUUCAGUGUACAGAACUUUAACUAUCUUAAUUAAAUUAUUCCUAGGUAGCUUUUGUAAAUGAGUUUCUCUCAUUUUUGGAUACUUUUUACUAGAGUGUAGAGAUGCUACUGAUUUUUAUUGUUAAUUUUGUAUCUUGAAACUGUGAUGAAUUUGUUUCUAACAGAUUUUUAGUGAUAUCUUUGGAUGUAUACACAAACACACAUACAUAUUCAAGUCAUCUAUAAACAGAGACAAUUAAACAUCUUCCUUUUUGAUUUAGAUGGGAUGUAUUGAUUUUUCCAGUCUAAUUGCUCUGGCAAAGACUUUUAGCAUUCUAUUAAAUAGAAGCUGUGAGAAUAAGCAUUCUUGUUUUGUUUCUGAUCCUAGAGAGAAAUCUUUCAGCUUUUAAAGAUUGCACAUAAUAUUACUAUGGGUUUGUCAUAUAUGACUCUGUCAUUCUGAGGUACAUUCCUUCUAUAAUCUACUUGUUGAAAGUUUUUAUCAUGAAGUGAUGUUGCAUUUGGUCAAAUACUUUUUCAGCAUCUAUUCAGAUGAUGUAUGACUUUUAUAUUCCAUUGUUAAUGGGUGUAUCAUAUUACUGAUAUACAUACUCUUGCAUCCCAGGGACAAGUCUUGCUGGGAGCCAUUAGCCAAGUAGGUAUGACAAUUUCCUUGCCAGCGUACCCCAUGUUGCUUAGAGGAAGGACUCGUGGAAAUGGACUUGCUUUGGACAUUUGCAGUGACAUUGCAUGUAUGUUUGAGAAAGGUGACCUUGCUCAAGGACCAGGGCGGAUCCGGGUUUAGGGCUCUCCGUGGGUUUAGGGCGGUUCCAGGUUUAAGGUUAUUCCUGCUGGGAAUAGGGCGUAUCCUGCUGCCUGAGUUCCCCUUGAGUUCUCACGGGAUUCAGACAGUAUUUUUGGGGAGAUAGAAGCCCAGUGGGCAUUGGCAGUUCAAGACCUGCCCAGGCAAGUGUGUGAGAUCCUUCGUCAAAGACACUAGAAAGGGCUGGGAAAGUGGCUCGGGAGUCGAGCGCUGGCCUCACAUGCGUGACCUUGGGGCCUCCAUGACUAUGACCAAGGAGGAUAGAAGGGAGGAGAGCAGGGAAAGGGACUGAAGGAGCCCAGUCCUCGGCCUUUCAGCCAUGUGGUGUGGGACACGGCUACAAGGUCCCUCGCUGGAAGGAGAGAGCGAGACCUCCCUGGACACCCGGCCUCCUGGUGCCUGACACGUGGACGCCUCAGGUCCCAGAGGGGGGAGCAGUCAGUCUGUGAGGUUCCCAAACAGCCAGCUCAGGCUCUAUGGACAGAGCAGGGGAAGGGACCUGGGUGACAGGGACGCCUCCAUCUCUCUGCACCCCAGGAAGGGCACCUCUGGCCCUAGGGUUCUCAGCUGGAAGGUUCGGUCUUCAUCGCUGGAAGGCGACCCACCGUCUCUCCUGUGGGCUGUAGGGAGGGUUUUGGUGAGUGACCUGAUAGGACCUUGUGUGGCAAUGAUGAGGCAGGCACCCUGCCCUGGCCCCCACACCCCACAGAGGUCGGGAACGUGGCCCUGGAUCUCAGGGGGCAGAGCGACCCGCACUAGCGUCCUGGCGUGAGGGGACUGCUACCACGCUCUGGACACCAGUCUGUCCGAGUUGGAGGAGACGGGCGCUGAAUGGCUCCAGAGGACCUGGGGUGGGGUCUUCACGGGGCGAAAGCCACGACAGAGUUGUGUACUGGCGAGGCACGGGCCCCGGGGCCUGGUCCAGCUCCUCCUUUCUCAGCAAGGAGAGGUCGGGGUCCCGAACACACGGGAGCACCGAGGUUCCACAGACCCUCCUUGUUCUGACCAGGAAGGUGGCCAAGGUCCCGGAGGCCCGAGUGGGAGAUGCCACCGUGGGCCACCCCCAGGUGUGAGUGGGCCACUCCUGGCUGUGACCUCACAGGGGCCAGCAUUGUGAGGCCCUUGAGCCAGCGGGGAUAUAAGGCCGGGUCGAGGCUGGCACCUUGUCCACAAGCACAGGAAGCUCUAGGCAGUGACCUGUGGGACUCCCAUAGUUAGCGCGUUUGGUGGUUGGUGGUUUGGUGGUUCUGGUUGCGGUCUCAGGUUGGUUCUCUGAUUUGGGGCUUUCUGUUGGGCUUUGUUGUGUUAGUUUUGCUUGUGUUCUUUGCUUUGUUUGUUGUGUUUGUUUUUAGCUAGCGGGCUUAGUGGGCGUGGGGCGGAGGAUGUCCAGAGAGAGCAGUGAGCGUAGUGUGGUGCGGAGGGUGCGUCGGGACCUCGCGGCCAGCUCCUCCUUGGAGGAAGCCCUCACGGGCCGCUAUGAGCCCCUGGGGGUCGUCGGGCAGGGCAGCUUUGCCAAGGUCUUCCUGGCCCGACACAUCCUGACGGGGACGAAGGUGGCCGUGAAAGUCCUGCGGAAGGGGGCGGGGGCCACCUUGUCCUGGGUCUUGUCGGAGCUGGACAUCCUGAAGGGCUUGGAGCACCCGCACGUGGUGCAGCUGCUGGAGAUCGUGGAGACCCCCGGCACUGCCUACGUGGUGAUGGAGCACAUGGCUGGGGGCCAGCUGGGCCAGCACAUCCCGGAGGUUGUGGGCCUGUGGGAGGACGAGGCCCGCGUGCUGUUCGGGCAGGUGGCCAGCGCCGUGGGCUACUGCCACGCGCAGGGCAUCGCGCACCGGGACGUGAAGGCGGAAAACGUGCUGCUGGAUGCCGCGGGCCGCGCCAAGCUGUGCGACUUCGGCCUGGCCUGCAGGUUCAGGGCCGGAGAGAAGCUGGGCCUGCUCUGCGGCACCGUGGCCUACUGGGCCCCGGAGCUGCACCGGCGAGAGCCCUACGACGGCCCCGCGGUGGACGUCUGGAGCCUGGGUGUCCUCCUGAUCCUCAUGCUCACGGGCAGCGUCCCGUUCACCGGGGCCAGCUAUGAGCAGGCCAAGGAGCAGGUGCUGCAGGCCAGGUACCACCUCCCGUUCCACCUGUCCGACGAGGCGCAAAGCCUGGUGUCCUGGAUGCUGACCCUGGAGCCCGCGCACAGGCCCACGCUCCAGCAGAUCCUGGGGCACCCGUGGCUGAGCCAGGAUGGGGAACGCUGCCCGAGUCCUCCCGCCGAGCUGCUCCCCAAGCGCGCGGACACCUCCAUCCUGCUGGCCAUGCUGGACCUGGGCUACGGGCUGCAGGAGACCUGGGUGUCGGUGGCGACGCGCCAGUUCAACCAGGCCAUGGCCACCUACCUCCUGCUGGGCCACCAGAAAACCCGGGGGGCGGGCUGCCAGGUGCGGCUGCAGAUGCCUGGGUGGCCACAGGUGGGGCCUUGCCCGUCCCUUUGCAUCCCCUCCAACUUGACUCUGGGCCCAAGGUGGGGCGUCAGCAGGCCGGCCAUGCGCUCCUGGCCCCUCUCGGCCUGUGAGCAGCAGCAGCAGCAGCAGCAGCAGCAGCAGCAGCAGCAGCAGCCUGAGGAGCUCAAGCCUUCAGGGCAGGUGGGCAGCAGGAGAGCCAGCCUGCCCGCCAUCAUGCUGUGCAGCCUGUCGGCCAGCGUCCCUGCUCCCGGCCCCACGGCCCCUCUGCCCGGGUCCUCCCAGGCCCUGGCACCGGAUCCCAGCUCCUCCUCCACCGCGCAACCCCCUGCUGGCUCCAGGACCCCUGGCCUGACCCGUGACACCGCCAGGGGAUGGAGGGGAGUGGUCCGGAGGAUGGCCACCUGUCUGGCGAGGCUGUGCUGCUGCGGGCAGGCCCCCAGGACUGGCUCCGGACGCUCCAACAGAGUGGCUCCCGCAGCUGGAGGGCCCGCGCCACCAGCACCAGCACCCAGGGACCCCCCGGGACCUGCCCCCACCAGAGGUCAGGCCCUCAGAAGAUUCUUCAAAAACAGAGUGGCUCCCCGGCCAGCGCCCAGCUGAGACGCCCACGGAGCCAAACAGGUGGCCCGGGUUCUACCUCACGAGGGCCAGCUGCUGUAGCGAGAAGUGCAACCUGCCCUGGCCGCCGCCUCCCGGACCCCUCAGGCAGGAGGACACCCGAAGACACCCGGACACCAGUGGGCCCCUGCGCCCCACCCGGAUCCCACCUCAGGGACUUCUCCUUGGACACGUGCCCCGCCCUGCUCUCCUCUGCUCUCUCUCCCACCCUCUGGGGCAGAGAUGCUUCCCGAUAAGCUCCUCAUCCAUUCGCGUGUCCCACGGAUCUUGGAAUAAAUUGGGUGCUCCGUGGGGAUCAGCUGUUGCGUUCCUUGGCCGCCUCCUGGCAACAGUGGGAGAGUGGGUGGUGGUGUCACAGUGGGGAAGGUGUAAGGGAGCAGUGACAGGGAGCCCUCCGGAGGUCCCCAAGGGCAACACGUGACCCAGAGUGGUCCCAGGGGAGGAGGCUGGGUGGGGGGCAGAAAGGCAGACCUUGUGCCUGGCCUGACACUGAUGGUGCCCGGUCACCACUUUCAGAAGGGAACCCUGGACAGAGGAGCCACAAGCCCAAGCCCAUCCUGGGGGGACACCCAGAGUGGCACGAGGAGGCACCGUGUCGCAGGCCCCGGGGGCAGUCAGGGUAGAGCUGUGGGUGCCUCCCCCAGAGUGGCUUGGGGGCUGCCGCUUGGUCCCUCCUCUGAAUGUCCCUGCCAGGGCCUGGCUCUUGCCCUGGUGAAGCUUUAACCUCUCUAGGCCUUCGGCUGCGCAGGACUGUCCCUGUGAGCGUCCUGACCCGGGGACGGGCCCUUCAGCCUGCCACCCUGAGCUCCCCAGGGCUGCUGAGCAGGGAGCAGGACCACCUAUGGGUGGGGGAGCUGGGGCGCAGGUGUGGGCAGGGGAGGGUGUGUGGCCAGAGCCCCCAGCCCCCAGGAGUGGAGGGCUGGCUGGGAGGAGCCGUUUUCCGGGUCUAGUGUUUGGAGUGAACCUUUCAAUUCCCAUCCCUUCGACUCGGGGUGUGGGCUCUGUCCCCCUUUCUUUGUGAUCCCCGCGGGGUUUCCCUUUGACGUGGGUCAGAGAUCCCAGUCUGAAGUGAAUGGAGGGCAGCCUCACUUCCAUCCUGUAC